GACCGAGCCCUCCCGCACCGACACAGCCGUGCCCGCUGCUGCCGGCGGCGGGAGCGCCUGGCACCGGGGCCGGGCGCUGCGGUUCGCUCCGGUGCCCCGGCUCCGUGCCGUCCCGGUGCCGCGCUGCCCGCGGCGCUGUCGGUCACCGUUUGCUUCCCGUCCCCAGCUCCCAUCGCCACCUCCAGCACCAUCUUCCAGCGGGGCUUCGAGCGGGCGCUGCGCAGGCAGAACAAGGAGCAGGUGCCCCCGGCCGCGGCCCCGGAGCCGCCGCCGCGGAAGCAGCACACCGGCAAGAGCGGCAAGAAGGCACCGGGCAGCGACGCUGGAGCCCAGCCCGGCCGGUGCCGCUCGCUGGAGGAAGCCGUGAAAGCCCUGGACCUGGCGGAUCUGCAGAAGGAGCUGCAGAAGAGCCGCAGUGUGUUCCCCGAGAACCCCUCGGUGUGGGUGAAGGACCUGGCUGGCUACCUCAACUACAAGCUGCAGGCACCCCGGAGCGACCCCGUGCUGAGCCAGCACCCCCACGACUACCCGUACUGCCUGGUGAGCAAGGAGCUGAGGAGCAUCAUCCGCUCCCUGCUGGCAAAGGCCACGGACGUCCUGGAGCUCUUCUUUGACCACUGCAUCUACACCAUGCUGCAGGAGCUGGACAAGGCCCAAGGGGAGUCCCUGCACGGCUACAGGAUCUGCAUCCAGGCCCUCCUGCUGUACAGGCCCCGGAUUGCCACCACCAACCUGGGCAAGUACCUGGAGGUGCUGCGCUCCCACCAGAACCGGCCGGCCAAGUGCCUGACCGUCCUGUGGGCGCUGGGGCAGGCUGGAUUCACCGACCUCCACGAGGGCCUGAAGGUGUGGCUCGGCGUCAUGCUCCCGGUGCUCGGCAUCAAGUCCCUCUCGCCCUACGCCGUUUCCUACCUGGACCGGCUCCUGCUGAUGCACCCCAACCUCACCAAAGGCUUCGGCAUGAUCGGCCCCAAGGACUUCUUCCCCCUCCUGGACUUCGCCUUCAUGCCCAACAACUCGCUGUCCCCCAGCCUGCAGGAGCAGCUGCGGCGCCUGUACCCCCGGCUGAAGGUGCUGGCCCUGGGCGCCCGGCCCGAGGCUGCCCUGCACACCUACUUCCCCUCCUUCCUGUCCCGAGCCACGCCUGCCUGCCCGCCCGCCAUGAAGGAGGAGCUUCUGACCUCCUUGAGCCAGUGCCUGAGCCUGGACCCUCUGAGCUUCAGCGUCUGGAGGCAGCUCUACACCAAACACCUCGCUCAGUCCAGUUUGCUGCUGAACCACCUGCUGGAGUCCUGGGAGAGCAGCAGCAAGAAGGUGCAGCAGUCACUGCAGGAAACGGUUCGCUCCUUCAAGGUGACAAACGAGGAGCUGGCAGCCAGGGGGGACAUGGACGUGGCAGCCUGUGACACUGCCUGCAAGGUGAGGGACAGGGUGGGAUGGGCUGGCACUGCCUGGCAGCAGCCAUGGCCAGAUCUCAGCUCCGUGCUGGGGCCACGAGACAUGCCCAACAACUCGCUGUCCCCCAGCCUGCAGGAGCAGCUGCGGCGCCUGUACCCCCGGCUGAAGGUGCUGGCCCUGGGCGCCCGGCCCGAGGCUGCCCUGCACACCUACUUCCCCUCCUUCCUGUCCCGAGCCACGCCUGCCUGCCCGCCCGCCAUGAAGGAGGAGCUUCUGACCUCCUUGAGCCAGUGCCUGAGCCUGGACCCUCUGAGCUUCAGCGUCUGGAGGCAGCUCUACACCAAACACCUCGCUCAGUCCAGUUUGCUGCUGAACCACCUGCUGGAGUCCUGGGAGAGCAGCAGCAAGAAGGUGCAGCAGUCACUGCAGGAAACGGUUCGCUCCUUCAAGGUGACAAACGAGGAGCUGGCAGCCAGGGGGGACAUGGACGUGGCAGCCUGUGACACUGCCUGCAAGGAGCUGCUGUGCAAGAUGAAGGGCCGGGGCUUCCCCUGGUCCCGGCUGCUGCUCGUCCUGCUGCUCUGCGCUGCUGCCUUCGUCCUGCACGACGUGCAGACACACGGCUCCUUCCAGGCCUCGUCUUGUGCCCGGCUGCUCCGCUCCUCCGGCGUGCUGCCCGCCUCCCAGCUGGCCUGGCAGAAGGUGUCCCGUGCCUGCCUGCAGGGCUACAGGUGGCUGGAGCACAGCCUGGCCCAGCACGGCUCCGUGGCCCUGUCUGUGCUGUGGCCACAGCUGGAGCUGCUCUGGAAAACGAGCGCUGAGGUGGCCCGGGCUGUGACCCAGCAGGGCUGCUCGCUGCUCUCCUGGCUCCACGGCAGCCUGCCCUGGCUCAGCAACUGGCUGCAGAGCCGGCUCCCCGAGGCGCUGCUGCACCUGGCCGAGUGUGCGCGGGAGCUGCUGCUGUUCGUGCUGCACAGCUGCCUGCUGCCGCUGCUGCAGGGCCUGGCUGCGGUGCUGCAGCGGGGCUGGCAGAGCUGCCUCGACUCCUGCAGUGGGGACGUGACGUGGGAGUGCGUGAGGGACCACUUGAUGAGCUUCACCUAUUCCUCCUGGAUUUACCUGCAGAACGCCACCCUGGCCCUCAAAAACUGGGCCCUGGCCAUGAUCUCUGGACACUGAGCUGCUCUCUGGAGGGCACCCCGUGUUCUGGCUGCCGAGGGGUGCCCAGGGUGCAGCAGGACACGGGGCACAGGGCAGUGCCCGCAGGAACUUUGGGUCAAAUCGGGGCUUCUGGGGAGGUUUAUUUUUUUGGGGAGACACACGUCCAGGUUUUUCCACCCCCUGUGACCGCUUUGGCUUUCCCUGUCCCGCUGUCCCUGGGUGGGUGGGUGAUCCCCAUCCCCUCGUGUUUCACCUGCUUACAGGAUCAGGGGUGGACACCUGGAGCCCCUCACCUUCCCAGCCCUCCCCACCAAUGAACGAACUGAUUUAUUUUAUUAUUUUUUCCUUAGAAUCGCUCCGUAUGCUUUACAUUUCUUCCU